UCAGGACUCACGCAUGCAGCCCUGACCCACACGGACGAAAGGGUGGAUGCUCGCAUAUCUGUCUCCUGAGCCACAACUACAAAUCACGCGUGUGCCGCUGCCGGACUGGCCACGUCCUUGCCAGCGACGGGAAGUCAUGCAAAAAACCAAAGAACGAGCUGUUCCUGUUUUACGGAAAAGGACGGCCUGGGGUUAUCAGAGGUCUGGAUAUGAAUAUCAAGUCUGGAGAUGAACAUUUGAUUCAAAUCGAAGGGCUCGUGAGUCCCAGAGCGUUGGAUUUCCAUGCAGAAAGUAGCUACAUCUACUUUGCCGACACCACAAGCUUCCUAAUUGGACGGCAGAAGAUUGACGGAACCGCUCGGGAGACGAUCCUUAAGGACGAGCUAGAUAAUGUUGAGGGUAUUUCGGUGGACUGGAUAGGUAAUAACCUGUUCUGGACAAAUGACGGUUAUAGAAAGACCAUCAGCGUGGCUGGGCUGGACCGGCCCUCGCAGACCAGGAGAACGCUUUUAGAAGGCAAUAUGUCUCAUCCCAGGGCCAUUGUUGUGGAUCCACUAAAUGGAUGGAUGUAUUGGACGGACUGGGAGGAGGAUGAGUUAAUUGACAGCAGAGGAAGGAUAGAGAAGGCCUGGAUGGAUGGAUCUCAGCGUCAGAUCUUCGUCACAUCCAACAUGCUGUGGCCCAAUGGCCUAACUCUGGACCACUCCUCCAGCGUCAUGUACUGGUGUGACGCCUACUAUGACCACAUUGAGAAAAUCUACCUCAAUGGCAGCCACAGAACGGUCAUGUACAGCGGGAAAGAGUUGAAUCAUCCAUUUGGGAUUGCGCAUUUCCAGAAUUACAUAUUCUGGACAGAUUACAUGAACGCCUCAAUAUUCCGUCUGGAUUUGUCGUCCAGUGAUGUUGCUCUAAUGCGGGCAGAAAGACCGCCUCUCUUUGGAAUUCAGGUGUAUGACCCGCAGAGCCAGAAAGGUAAUAACCAGUGUUCGGCAAAUCACGGUGGCUGCGGCUCUUCGGCUCUAUGCCUUGCUACGCCUGCAGGUCGCAUAUGCGCCUGCGCAGAUGGCCAGCAUUUGGAGAAAGAUAACGUCACCUGUUCAU